AUGGCGCCUCAGCGUCAAGUCAAACUCUCUAGGAAACAGAAACUCUUGAACCGUAAGGAUCGUGGUCCGGAAGCGGAACAAAAGAAGCUAUUUACACUUGCUCGCCUCCUAGAAGUCCAGAAAAGACACGAAGCGCAACCCUUCCUUCGUACCGCUCUGGGCAAGCUACCUCCCGAGCUUCGUGUCAAAAUCUAUCAGCAGCUGCUGGUGGGACCACAAUCCCGAGCAGACAACGAAUUUCGGAAGGUUCCACUUGCUACUGAGAAGGCACUUCUAGACGGAUCCUCAUCAACUGCCUCUCCACGCUUCAUUCACUUGAAAGGCUCUGGUCUCUCAAUCUUACGAACCUGUCGCCAGAUCAACCUCGAAGCUUCUCCCACCUUCUAUGGUAGCGCCUUACCCUACUUUGCAAAUGCACAAGAGCUUUCUCGCUUUCUCGUCGGCAUUGGGCCAACUGGCCGCUCGAAUCUCGAAGCUUUUCGUGUUGGAAGCCUCUUAUUACAAGAACCAUUCCAAGAGCAAGAAGUACCACAUUACCAUUAUGAUACCGGCGUGUUUUACCUUCACAGCGAAGGCUACAUCUCCUGCCGUCGCGGAAGGACGGAUCCGGAGGUCACGGGCGCUUUCAACCUAUUGACGGAUUGCAAAAAUCUUCGCAGAAUCUAUAUGGAUAUGAGUCAGGGUGAGGAACGUAUGCAUGUUGCCAUCCUACGGACCUUUUUCAAUCGACAGCACACUUACCUGCGAUGCUUUGGGUCCCAUUGUUGGUACGUUCAACGACGAAGAGAGCUACGCCUCGACGCCGCGCGACCAGAGUUCGUUUACACUCUGCGAGCUUAUCGUGAGCUUCUUUCAUCUGGGAGACCCAUGGGACGUGAAAUAUUGGUGGAGGUUGACGUCAACGCGGAGCUGUAUCAACCACGACUUUUCCACCAGACUCUUCUAGGAAAGCUACCUCCAGAACUUCGGUUAAGAAUGUAUCACGAACUAGUGGCCACUCCACCCACGCACGCAGGCCAAGAACUGACUGCACAAGGCAUUCGUGCUGAGCCCAAGAACGCAAAUGGGCCGGGUCCACCAACAACAACGUUCACCCAUCUUCAAGCUUCGUGCCUUGACAUUCUGGAAACAUGUCGUCGAAUCUAUGUCGAAGCUUAUCCGUUGUUCUAUGCACGUACGUCCUACUACACUGACAACAUCAAAGAGUUCUCACUAUUCAUGAGACUCGGCUACCUUUUCGACUCACCACUUCGGAGCAGCACGAUUACUUCUCUAUGUGUAAAAAACCUUGUCUGUCAGUCAAAAAGCUUGCAUCAGCCACAAUUCUCCCUAAUUUCGUUUGUCACAGUGUUGGGCUGUUACAGGCUAGCAGAAUUGGAGAGUCUGCGAAAGCUUUAUAUCUGCAUGCGCGUCGGUGAAGAGCUCGGGUAUGUAGAGUUACUAUUUCGUCUACCGCGCAUGAACCGAGGAGUUAUCGAUUUUCUAGAUGAGUCUCACUGGGUGCUGCGUUUACAAAAUCCUGAAGAAGAAUGGAAAGUUCAGCAUGCUUGUUUUUUAGGAGACGGUUGGAAAAAGGGAAAAGGAGAUGUGGAGCUCAGUUUCGACGAGAUUGAUAUCCAACGACGGAUCUUGAUGAAUGAUACUCAGGCUCCAGGGCUGGAACAAGGACAAGAACGCUUCGUGGAGGUGGACAUUAAUGCGCCAUUGGAGAAACGUAUGCAUUGGAAGAUGCUAGCCAUGGUGGACAAGUUCGGUGCUCUCAGCAUAGGAUCAGGGUUGUGCGAUGGGCAUGGCCGUGACGAAACGUCGGGACGGACGCUGGUGCCCUGA